AACGACGCGGUGGGCGGAGAGCCUCGUCGGAAGCGACGGCGCGCCGGCUCGAGCCUCAAGGACAGCGGCGGCAUGGUGUCGGACAACGAACUCAAAGAACUGAAGAUGGUGUUCCGACUAACGGACAAGAACGGCGACGGCAGCAUCACCGCCGACGAGCUGAAGCGGAUGCUGCAGGACAAACUGGACAUCGACGUCGAUGAUGCCCUCAUCGGAGACCUCAUGACGUCAGCGGGCGAGAACGCUGGCGGCCUGAUCAGUGAGGCGCAGUUCAUCACCUGGUUUCUCAAGAUGCAGACCUUGUCGGCCGACAAGACGCCAGACAUGACCAACGACCUCUUCGCAGCGUUCCGCCUCUUCGAUAAAGACGGCAACGGCUACAUCACCAUGGACGAGCUGCGGCGGGCUAUGGAGCUGAUAGAGGAGCGGAUGACGGAAUCGGAGUUGAGUUCGCUUAUUGAGAUGGCCGACGCCGACAAGGAUGGCAGAAUUAAUUACGAAGGGAACAGCAAACCGUUUCGUCGAAAAGCUGCCAACAGCCGGAAUACAAAUGCGAGACUUGCCAAGAAAGCUGCCAGACUCCGCGAUCCUACUGUGAUCUGGGAGAAGCGCAUUGAGAUUCAUGAGAUGCGAAUAAGUGUCCGGCUGUGCCUGCAGUGUUCUGGAAACCAGCCAAACCUUGAACGGAACAUAACGUUAUCCAAUCCGUAACGUUUCACAGAUGUCUGCCUGAGAUCGCCACGAUGAGUGUUGCCGGAACAGAAUCGCUGUGCUGUGUGCUGCAUCAAUAGGCAGUUCCGUGACCGGACGUGCCACGCAGGUGUAAGUGACCUAUCGGUAUUUCGGUCAUCAUGGAAACGUGAGCAUGUGGUUUGGUUCUCUCCAGACUGAUAACGAAGCUCUCUUGUCUAAUUAUAUUUCGGUCGUCAUGGAAACGCGAGCAUGUGGUUUGGUUCUCUCCAGACUGAUAACGAAGCUCUCUUGUCUAGAGCAGGUUUCUCGACAAGCUGCUUUACACGUGAAUGCGAAUACGCUGAAUCGGAAGCUGUUCUUGAGUGGGUGAACGCAGCGCUGGAAUAUCGUCUGAACGGACUGUCAACUCCACGCGCACGUGAAGUGAAGAUCAUUUGUUUGAAGCCCAACCACGAAAUUUUCGUCGUGGUGGUUUCGUCGUUGCUUUUAAUUUUGUGUUGGCACUCGUCUCACUAUUAACAUUUAAA